UCGUAUACAUUUCAAAAUUAAUCAACGAGCACCAAAAUCAUGAACUUGACCAAGCACGUUAUAACUUUCAGGAAAAUGUAGCAUUCACAAAGGAGAUGAUAGAGGAUGUUAAAUUUUUUGUAACUAAGAUGAAUUGUAACCCCCAGCAAAUUCGUAAAGCUCUUGAGGAGAAAUACUAUGUAAAAGUCUAUAUGCUAGUGCUACAGCAAGUAAUUCAACGGUUUCGUCCAAAAUCACGUGACCAGGCAAAUGAUGCCAGCAAAUUGUAUGAGGAAUUGUUAAACAAGAAAGAAGCUGAUUCCCGAUGGUAUGUUCAAGUAGAUUGGGACCCUAGUAGUAAAUGUCUUCCAACAAAUAGUGCUACUCCACAGGUUAUUUUUACAGACACGGACCCUGCCUUACUCUCUGCAAUACGUGAUGAGUUUCCAACUACAAACUCUCUUCAUUGCAUGUUUCACAUUGCUCAAAAUAUUCCUCUCAACUUAAAAAACCAUUUUAAAGACAAUUAUGAUGAGUUUAUUAAAGAUUUCUUCGAAGUACAACGA